AUGCCUUCCUCACUGUCUGAGAAGUUGUGUCUGAUACUGUUAACGGCGCCCCGCAGUGUGCAGACGUGCAGAGUGGACCCACAGCGAUGGAGAUGUUGUGCUCUACUUUUCUGCCCGCAGCUGUACGGACUGCCUGCGCACUGGAUGGUCCACUCGCAUCAUGUGCUGUGGGGACGGUACAGCUCCAGGGAAUCCUGCAUGUUUUUUUCUGAUAACACCCAGCGUGUGCACAUGUGUGACAGGUGGGGCCCAGCGUGGCCUUGGCUGAUAAAGGUGUUCUGUUUCAGCAGCGGCAGCAGCCAACAACCGUCUGCGGUGUGUCUCCCUCUGCAGGCUCUAAAUCUAGAAGGCGUUGAACCUGCUACGAUGUCACAUGCACAGUUUGAGAUACCAGGACGCGGUUUUCCAGCGCUCCCUAUGGAUAUGACCGACGACUGCUUGUCCCGGGUCCCAUCCGUGCUGAGGACGCACGGUUUGGGCGCACGCAGGAACUCUUACGGGCUGCAAAAAAUUAGUAUGGACAUUGACUCGCCUCUGUACAGCGGCGCCCUUUCCAAAGCCUUGUCCUGGUCGGCUGAGAAUAUUCUGACACUGCCCGAGUCCAGAGCAGAGGAUGAAAAAACCGACGACUCUCCGCCGUCGACGUCUCCCGUUUCCAGCCCGGGCACCAGCUCCAACACGCCCCCCUGCAGCCAGGAGCCCGACGGCGGGUCUCUCGGUGGGAAUUGGGACCCCGUACCGAGACCCAGCGCUCAGGACGUCAGCUCGGAGUCUGAGAAUGAACUUCAGAGCAAACAGCACAAGAUCUUGUCUCGCAUCCCGUUUGAUGCUCAGUGGGAGCAGGAGGAGAAGGAGGACGUGGAGACCAAAGCGGUGGCAACCUCACCUGAUGGAAGAUAUCUCAAAUUCAACAUAGAGAUUGGAAGGGGAUCUUUCAAGACAGUCUAUAAAGGACUGGACACAGAGACCACAGUGGAGGUGGCAUGGUGUGAGCUACAGACCCGUAAGCUGACCAAGGCGGAGCGACAGCGUUUCAGCGAGGAGGUGGAGAUGCUGAAGGGGCUGCAGCACCCAAACAUAGUCCGCUUCCACGACUCCUGGAAGUCGACGGUAAAGGGCCACAAGUGCAUCAUCCUGGUGACCGAACUCAUGACCUCAGGCACGCUCAAAACGUACUUGAAGAGGUUCAAGGAGAUGAAGCUGAAGCUGCUGCAGCGUUGGAGUCGUCAGAUCCUCAAAGGGCUUCACUUCCUGCACACCCGCACUCCUCCCAUCAUCCACCGGGACCUCAAGUGUGACAACAUCUUCAUCACCGGCCCCACCGGCUCCGUCAAGAUAGGCGAUCUAGGACUGGCCACGCUGAAAAGUGCCUCUUUUGCUAAAAGUGUCAUUGGAACACCAGAGUUCAUGGCCCCAGAGAUGUACGAGGAGAAGUACGACGAGGCGGUGGACGUCUACGCCUUGGGAAUGUGCAUCCUGGAGAUGGCCACCUCUGAGUACCCGUACUCCGAGUGCCAAAACGCCGCCCAGAUCUACCGCAAAGUCACCAGCGGAAUUAAACCUGACAGCUUCUACAAAGUCAAAGUCCCAGAGCUGAAGGAGAUCAUCGAGGGCUGCAUUCGUAUGAACAAUGAUGAAAGGUAUACCAUUCAGGACCUCCUGGAUCACCCCUUCUUCCAGGAGAACAAUGGCGUGCACGUGGAGCUGGCAGAGGAGGACGACAUGGUGAAGCCCGGCCUGAAGCUGUGGCUGCGCAUGGACGACUCCAAGAAGCUCCAUGGGAAGUACAAGGACAACAACGCCAUCGAGUUCCUCUUUGAGCUCUACAAAGACGUGCCUGAGGAGGUGUCUCAGGAGAUGGUCGUGCUCGGGUUCGUGUGCGAGGCAGACUUCAAGCUCGUGGCCAAGGCCAUUCGGGACAGGGUGAUGGCCAUCAAGCGGCAGAGAGAGAAGCUGAGGCGGCUGGCAGAGGAGAGGAAGAAGAAGCAGGAGCAGGAAGCCAUAGAAGAAGAGCCAGAGCCUCAGCCUCCUUUACCAAAAGUCAGUGACGUUGUCGCAGCAGAGUCCCCCACGCCGGCCCUUGUGCCUCCGGCGUCCAUUGCGUCGCCCAUCACCAGCUCUGUGGACUCUGGCGUCAGCUCCAACUACCCAACAGAGCCAGAGGAGCCUGAGGCAGACCAGCACUUCCACAUGCGCCACAACAGCCUUUCAUCUGCUAACUCUGACUGUGAGACAGACGGCUAUCUGAGCUCCUCCGGGCUCCAGGAUCCGCUGGAGGCCGGCAGCUUCAACUCGCCCGUGACACCUCCCACCACACACACCGACACACCGACUGCAAACGGUUUCCCCGUCCCAGCCCUCCGCUUCCCCUCGAGCAUCGCUGUAUCCAACAACAUAGAACAUGGCUCAGGGCCUCAGAGUGGCUUCAACUCCCCUGUGGACAGCUACGCCUCUGAUGUGACUUCAGGCUUGAGCGACGGCUACGAGGGCCUGGAGAAGGGCGAGAAAACGGCAGCGAGGCGAACUGCUGGGAAGCUGUUCAGGAGGAGGGCGCGCUCGCGGCUGCGCAUCACGGGGCUCUCUGAUAAAGUGGACCGGGUGGUCGAGUGUCAGCUGCAGACACACAAUGACAAGAUGGUGACCUUCAAGUUCGACCUGGAUGGAGAUAACCCUGAAGACAUCGCCGCUGUCAUGGUGCACAACGAGUUCAUCCUGCCAUCAGAGAAGGAGGGCUUCAUCCACCGCAUGGGGGACAUCAUCAAACGGGCCGAGUCCCUGAUGGCCAAGCAGCAGCCGGUCAACGCCAGCGGGCACCGACUUCCCCAGCCAGCUUUGCACGGCGGCAUUAACUCCUUGUCCUCCUCGCAGCCUAAUCUGCACAGUCACACCCUGCCUCGGAGCAGCUCCUCCUCCUCUCUGCCUGACUUCAGUGUGGUUAACCCAAGUAUUGGGGUACGUGGCCCCAGUGGAGACGUCUUCAAUGCAGACAUUACUUCACCUGGGCGACCUCUAAUACGCUCACAGUCUUUCCACAACGCCCCAGGGUCUCCACUCCAUUAUCAGCACCACCACCACCACCACCACAACCCUGCAUCACUCCUGCCCCACCACCAGCACUACCACUCGCCCUACAUGGGAAACAGUCACUUCCCAUUCCCAUACCCAGGCUCUCCAGGUACCCCCAAGCCAGCCAGCCACCCUCCCCUCACACGUGUAGCCAGUAACCCCACCUUCCCUUCUGUUCCCUCCCCGGCCCCCGGUUCCCCAAGUCCUCUCAGUGAGACUCCACGCCACGGCAGCAACGAGAGCAUCACCAUGUCCUCGCCUGGCACUCAGCAUCCCAACAUGUGGCCCCCUCACACGCAACCUCUGUUUUCCCUAGCUAAUGUCAUUUCCAUGGCCAUGAGCAUGGCUCAGUCUUUCAUCCCCCCUGCAAGCUUGCCGACCCAAGGGAUGCCCUCCUAUCCGGGCUUUCACCCGCAGCUGCCCGCUCACAUGGCCCCACAGUCAGGUUACCCCUCCAUCUACCCACAGCAUUACCAGAGCCCACCAGUAGAGGUCCCUUACCCCACAGCAGGCAUCCCAGCACAGAACAACACCUACCACAGCCCUGAGACAACGCCGCAGAUGGAUAGGUUUCCUCAGAGCAGUCGUCCCGGCUGGCUGCAUCCUGUCUCUCCUCCUUCUAUGCCUUCCACUCCUCCACUGGUUCCUCAGGAGCCUUCACAACAGCUUGGAGUCUCGAGUCCCCCAAGUUCGACCCAGGAGGACACUCUUCACAGAUAUGCGCCCCCAUACGCAGCACAGGUUCCAGCCCAGGCUGAACCCAGAUUGCAAGUCUCCAGUUCAAACUCUUCAUCAGAUCUCUCCCCAUCACCCCCAGAGAGUCCAGAAAACACUUUAUCGUCCUUCAGCACUCAGUUGCACCCCACUGUACCUGAGACGAACGCCAGUAGCCCCAAACCAAACGCCUCCUCCGCUGAGACUGAAGUCCAGCCCGUACCAGUCACUGUUGGGAGGUUCCAGGUGACGCCCAGCAUGCACAUCCCUGCACCUCCUGUGCCAGAGGAUCCUCCACCUGUCGCCCCACAACCAGCAGCCGGCGGCAGCUCCCCGUCAGAGAGCAGCACGGAGGAGCAGGGUGAGUCUGAGACGAGCCUGGCCACCUCCCUCACCAUGUCCCCUCCUCACCCGCACCCCCACAGAGGGUUGACAGGGCUCCUCCAGGAGGCUGACGGGCAGGUAGGAUGGGCUGGGAGCCAGGAGCAGCAGGAGGAGGAGGAGGAGGAGGAGGAGGAAGAAGAGGAGGAGGAGGAAGAGGAAGAGGUUGUCGGGGAACGACAGAGGGCGAGGAAGAGGAGUCGGAGGAGAGCGUACAGCCUGAGCCUGAUGGGAACGUCUGCGGACAGCGGACUCUCUGUGACGGCCGCUGAGAUGGAGGGGAGGCUGUGGGACGGAGCGGCAGGCAGCCCGCAGUACAGCAACGCCCUUCACCACUUAUGGAUGAUGACUUACAACCGCAGCACUCCCUACCUGAGCAGUGAUGACUCAGACAGUGACGACUCAGACAUGCUGGAAGAGCUUCAGGAGCUCAGAGAGAAACAUCUGACAGAAGUGCAGGCCCUGCAGGCGGCCCAGAAGAGAGAGAUCGAGGAGCUGUAUGAGAAGAUGGGGAAGGUUCCCCCUGCAGGCAUCGUCUCUCCUGCUGCUAUGCUGUCCAGUCGACAGCGCCGCCUGUCCAAGGGGAACGGCUUCCCCUCAUCUCGCAGGAACAGCCUGCAGAGGUUGGACAUGUUGCCACUCCAGGGUAUCAUCAGGAGAAACUCCCUUGGGGGCAGCAGCAGCGGCUCCCAGGACAAACCGAGCAAAGGCGUCACCUUCGCCACCGACCUUAACAGAAUGUAAGAAACUCAGCCAAGCACGCUGUAUAUCAGGACUACCUCAUGUGAAGUGUGACUGCAGUGGUCCUGCAGGAGGAUCACUUCGACACCUUUCACUGGCACACCGAUCGGCAAACGGCUUCCCAUCUGCCAGUGGCCAUUUACCUCAACGUACAUAUGAAGUGUCAUCAGUAAAGCUGGAUCUACACAGGAAGUGUUAACAUCCGGCUUUCCGCCCUUUGGUCAGAUCUGGUGAAUUUGUUGCUGAAGCACAGAGUGUCCACCAGUCUGGUUCAUGUUCGCGCUCUCAUGUAAAUAAACUGUCAGACUCUGUGGUUCCUAACGAAACUAAUUCAGUCCAGGGCUGCCACAGGAGUCUGCAAAACGCCACGUGUUGUUUUAAAUGUUUUCUCAGCUAAUUUAUUUAGCAUGAACGCAGUCAAUUGAUGGUACAAAGUGCUGCAGAGUUGUGGCCUCCGGAGCCACGCUGGCACUGAACCACGACUUUGACUUAGACUGAUGAUAGUUGCUGUUUUCCUGCUUGUGUGUUUCACUGCCGUUAAUCAACCUGAGCACAGUAACGUGAACCACAGCGAGGCUCUGACGCUUUCACUGGCAACAUUUCGGAUUAUCUCGCAACACAUUUGCUGUAUUUCGUUAAUGAUGUCUCGGCACCUGCUGACUGCACAGUGAAUACACUCCGAUUAUUGCCUUCCAGGGGCUGAUGUGAGCAGUCUAGAUUCUUUGUACAGUUUGAUUUGUUCAAAUAUGUAUUAUGAAAACAUUUUUUUUUUCCUGGUACAUUUUUGGUUUCUUUAGUGAGUUUGACACCUGAUAGGAUGAAACACACUCUCUACACUCUGUCUCUAGUCCUGACAUUUUCAGAUGUAGUCAAAAUGAUUUUUCACAUUGUACAGGAGUAUAAUACAGAGAUAUCAUUUCUAUCAACACAUACAUAUGAAGAUGUUAACGCUUCGGGAGAGGGAAAAAGCUGUCUAAUAAGAGUUAGAAACGUUGGCGUGUAGCUUGAUUGAGCAGAAAAAAAACUUGUUUUUAACACUAUUAAACGGGAAGAGAUUUGAUUGAAAUGAUGCAGAAGGUGUCAGCAAAGACAACAUCACGCAUCAAUUUUCACAGACUGUACCUGGUUUAAAACUUAAAAAAUGAUUUCUUUGUAUUGACUAGUUGUGAAAAAUCCACCUAGGUUUUAGACUACUGGCUUUCCUGUUGAUUGUACAUGUGUAUAUAGUAGAGUGCAUUUAUAGAUCAUGUUUACAAGUUAUGAGUAAACCAAACCUUAAUUCUUGCUCAAGCAAAAAAAAAAAAAAAAAAAAAAAAAAAAAAAAUCAGAUUUUUUGUUUGUUCUAUAGAUCAAGCACCUUGUGCACUUUAGUAAAUCCUACUUUAGCUCUCAAUCAUUUAACACAUUUGUGGACAAAACUGUGUUCCCUUGAGGGAGGAGCUGACACGUUCAUCUUUGAUCCCAGUAUUUCAUAUCGGACCACAGUGAUGAUGAUGAUCUGCUCUCUCACAGUUUUAAAUGCUCAGAACACUGUGGGACAGAAAUCAGUCCAAGCUGUGAAUGUGAAGCUGUUGCCUUAUAAAAUAUUCACAACACACACUGAACUUUCCCUGCAGUGGAACUCCUGUAAGAUUUUCCAAAGUUCAUAAUAUAUUCAAAGGGGUUUCUUAACAAAAUUUUGAAUGUAAAUACAUAAUUGUAUUGCUUUCUGAAGCUGCUGCUGUCCUGCCAUGCUGAAUCUGUGCCUUUCCCUUACAAUGUCUUAUUUUAUAUUUUUAAAUCUCAAAAUUUGGUGGCAAGAUCAGACUCCAUGUAUCAAAUUUUGACAAAAAUAAACACAACUGUAAAUACCA